AUGUCAAAAAACAAGAGCAGCGAGUCAGUGAAGGUGGUAGUUCGAUGCCGCCCUCUGAACCGGAGAGAGGAGUCCAAUGGGCCUGCAGGGGGCAUCGUGCAGAUGGACCUGCGGCUUGGACAGGUGAUCCUCAGAAACCCUCGAGCACCAGCCAGCGAGCCCCAAAAAACAUUCACAUUUGAUGCAGUUUAUGAUGCAAACUCCAAACAGCGAGACCUGUAUGACGAGAGCGUGCGGCCUCUGAUAGACUCAGUGCUCGCGGGGUUCAAUGGCACCAUAUUUGCGUACGGGCAAACCGGAACCGGAAAGACGUACACCAUGCAGGGCGCGUGGAUGGACCCAGAGAAACGGGGUGUGAUUCCCAAUGCUUUUGACCACAUCUUCACACACAUCUCCCGCUCGCAGUCGGAUAAGCAGUACCUCGUGCGGGCAUCCUACCUCGAGAUCUAUCGGGAGGAGAUUCGGGAUCUUCUGGAUCCCAACCACGCCACUGCCAGAGCCUUGGAGCUCAGAGAGAGUCCAGAGACCGGGGUGUAUGUCCGAGAUCUGACGUCGUGUGUUUGCAAGAGCAUCAAGGAGAUCGAGGAGGUGAUGAACGUGGGCAACCAGGCGAGGGCAGUUGGGGCGACGGACAUGAAUGAACACUCGUCCAGGUCCCACGCUUUGUUCUUGAUCACGGUGGAGUGCAGUCAGCCUGGACCAGAUGGGAGGAAACACAUCCGAGUUGGACGCCUCAACCUGGUGGAUCUGGCCGGCAGCGAGCGCCAAGCCAAGACCGGCGUCCAGGGAGAGCGCCUGAAAGAAGCCGCCAAGAUCAACCUUUCCCUGUCAGCACUGGGCAACGUGAUCUCAGCACUAGCAGAUGGACGCAGCGGCCACGUGCCGUACCGGGACUCCAAGCUGACCCGGCUGUUGCAGGACUCUUUGGGCGGGAAUGCAAAGACAGUCAUGGUCGCCACCUUAGGCCCGGCUCCCCAGCACUACGAUGAGACCCUGACCACCCUCCGCUACGCCAGCCGCGCCAAGAACAUCCAGAACCAGCCAAAAGUCAACGAGGACCCCAAGGACGCUCUACUGCGGGAGUUCCAGAGGGAGAUCGCUCGCCUCAGGGCCCAGCUCAACCACAGGAAGUGGAGGAGCAAACAGAAGAAGGAGCAUGUGGAGGGCGAGGGCUGGGAGAGAGACGGGGAUGAAGAGACGGAGGGCGAGGAGUCGGAGGUGGAGGUGGAGAAGGAGGCAGAGGACUACGUGAAGCUGGAGGAGCAGCGGUUGGAGAGGGAGAAGGAGGCCAUCAGAGGAGAUCGAUUCCUGUUGGCUGAGGAGAAGCAGAGGCUGCUGGGAGAGAAGGAGAGGAUGAUGGGGGAUCUGAGGAAAGAGCAGGAAGCCACCGAGCAGCUGACCGCCAAGUACAAGGCGAUGGAGAGCAAGCUGCUGGUUGGCGGGAAGAACAUCAUCGAUCACACCAACGAGCAGCAGAAGAUGCUGGAGAUGAAGCGGCAUGAGAUCGCUGAGCAGACGCGUAGGGAGAGGGAGAUGCAGCAGCAGAUGUUUGUCCAGGACGAGGAGACGCUGGAGCUGAGAGAGACUUUCACUUCCCUGCAACAGGAAGUGGAGGCCAAGACCAAGAAACUCAAGAAGUACCUCAAGCUUUAUGCCAAGCUCCAGUGCAUCAAAGCCGAGAUCCAGGACGUGAACGACGAGCACGUGAGGAGCCGACAGGAGCUGGAGCAAACUCAGAACGAGCUCACCAGAGAGCUCAAGUUCAAGUAUCUGAUCAUAGAGAACUUCAUUCCUCCGGAGGAGAAGAAUAAGAUCAUGAACAGACUGACCUUUGACCCCGAGGAGGAUCAGUGGAAGUUUCAGCCUCUUGUUGCUGCUGAAAGUAAAUCCUCGCAGAUGAAGAAAAGGCCGGCAUCUGCAGUUGGAUACAAACGACCCAUCAGCCAGUAUGCCAGGGUUGCCAUAGCGAUGGGAGCUCACUCCAGAUACAGGGCUGAGAACAUCAUGUUUCUGGAGCUGGACAUGACGCCUCCCAGCACCGCCUCACUGGAUCGUUCCACGGAGGCCGACCAAAGUCCCUCUGUGGACAGCUCGCCCACCAAGGACAGGGGCGUCCGCAAGUCUCGCUCCUGGUGUCAGCCCCCGAAACCCAUCACUUCCUCCUCUUCUAAUGUUUCCUUGGCGGCAUGUCACACUGCCACACCCACAGCGGCACAGUGAAGCUUUAGUGAAGAGGAUUUUUUUGUUCUAUUGUUAUUUAUUUUAUUCCCUCUGCUUCCUCCUCCUCUUUUCCUCUUCCUCUUUUGGCCAUUGAUCAA